AUUUUCUUCAUAUCUCCGCAAUCUCUGCAGAAAGGCAAACAAGAAAUAAACAUGAAACUCACAUUAGCCAUCCUCCUGGUGUUGGCGUUGACCCAAUUCGGAAGUGGUCGUCUCAUUGCAGAUAUAAUGAUGUAUGAUGGCAUGUACAAUGCUACUGCUGCUGCUACUACUACUUCUGCUUCGGCUCAAGUUCCGCAGUUUGGUGCCUCAAUGGUGACAUGCGAGCCAGCUUACGGAUUCUUGCCCUGCACCACGGAGUUGCCAGGGCUGAUAUUCUUGAUUGUGGUGUAUCAGUACUUGUUGUCCCUGGGCCAGAAGUAUGUAUCAGAUGGUUCUGAUUUGUUUUUCAAGACUUAUGGACCUGGGAGUUUCGGAGACAGUUUGUUUCAUCUCAUUGGCACCAUCCCUCAAGUCGCUUUGAUUAUUGUGUCCAGGCUUUCAGGAAAUGCCCAAGCACAAGCAGGAAUAGGGAUAAGUAUUCUUGCUGGUGGAGCUGUCACUAAUCUUACACUUACAUGGGGUAUUGCUGCUGUUUUAGCCAGCUACAAAUUUUCAGAUGCACCAGCAACUAUAGAUGGCUCCGUGCCACUUAAGAAGCCACCAGGUCUAACAGGUUCUGGUGUUCUUACUGAUGUUGACACUAGCAUCACAGCAAGAAUUAUGUUGAUAUCCGUAGUUCCACUGUUGAUUCUUCAACUAACAAAUGUUGUUGGUUCAUCUUCUGGAUCGCAUUUGAUUGUUCUCAUUACUCUUAUUGUUACCCUCCUACUACUAUUUUCUUACAGUUUAUAUCAGAUAUUUCAACCAUGGAUUCAGGAAAGAAGAUUUAAGUAUCUGACCCAAAAAUUUGUGAAAGACAAGCUACAAGUUCUUCUUACAAAUAAGGGAGAACCUAAUAUAGAGCUUAUAAAACAGAUCUUUCAGGGAAUUGACCAUAACAAUGAUCAUGUCAUAUCACCUGCUGAGUUGAGGACUUUGAUCAUAGGAAUAAAAUUGGAGGAUGAUGGUUUCGUAAGAGGAGACUAUGCGGACAAAGUUAGAGAAGCAUUUGAUAUUAAUAAUGAUACUAAUAUUAAUGAAGAUGAGUUUGUCAAUGGACUUUCUCAAUUUCUUUUAGAUGCUCAGAAGCCUGGCAAUCAAAAUGAUCUGAAAGUUCCAAACGCUAGUACUGAAGAAAACCAGAGCCUCUUGGUACAGGGAACUAGCACCACUAGUGUCGAGGAUCCAUGGAAGAACUACCUUAACGCUGCAUACUUAAUUCUGUUAGGAAUAACUAUAUCAGUCUUACUUGCAAAGCCACUCAUACAAUCUGUAGUUGGAGUUGCUACUGCUGCAAAAAUCCCUUCCUUCUUCAUCCCUUACGUCGUAAUACCAUUGACUUUAGCCUCCAGGUCUGCAGGGAGGACCAUCGCUUCUGCUAAACUGAAGACACCUGAAUCCAUUUCCCUACUACUGUCCCAGAUAUACGGAUCAGUGUUCAUGAGCAAUCUGAUAAGCUUAACGACAUUCUUAACCGUUGUUUAUAUUCGAGAUAUACCAGUUGCUGCUACAGCAGAAUUUCUGGUUGCUAUAGUUAUCUGUACAGUUAUGGGUGUGUUUGCUAGUUUCAGAACUGCAUUCCCACUGUGGACAAGCUACUUGGUAAUCCUUAUGUAUCCAACCUCUCUGGUUACUCUAUAUGUACUUACUAGUGUAUUGGGAUGGUCUUAGGAAAUUUGAGAAUGAUAAAUUUAUUGUAAGAUGUUUUCAUUUGAUAAAAUUACAUGUAUUUUGUCUUGUUUUGUAAGACUUCAUUUGUCAUUUAUGCUGUAAGUUGAUUUGCGGUGCUACCAAUAAAAGAAAAAAGGGCUUGAUUGCGUAUUUUAUUUUAU